AAAAAAAAAGAAGUUCUCAGUCUGUAUACGGGAGAGAGUCAGCGGCGUUGUUACGGUUGUUAUGGAUUAACAAUGGCUGGCAGGACCACAGGUAACCAGCAGAGUUCUGUGAAGUAUGUCUAUGAACUUCCUUAUACUGAGCGUAAAAUGCUGUGCAGCAUCCUGGACAUGGACAGCCAAUGGGAGAGAUUAGGAGGUCAGUUCAUGAACUUCAAAGUACAUGAGUUAUAUGAAAUGCGUCGCGUGGAGAAAUGCGGUGAGAGUCCUUGUGACCGACUCCUGCAGGCGUGGGGGCACCAGAACAACACAGUGGCAAGCCUCUACUCUCUACUCUACAAAAUGCAUCACUACCAGGCCAUGAGAGUCUUGCUUCCAUUCAUUCCAAGCAAAUACCACGGCCUUGCACUGAAAGGUGAGCAGUCCCUGACUGCAGAGCUGCCGAAAGAUGUAACGUCCAGCAGCACAGCCCAGCUACGAUCUCUGCAGCACCUGCACACCAACAGCACUCAAGCUGGAGCUGCUGCUCUGCCUAAACCUCCUGAGCAUCUACUGAGUUCAUCAAGACAAGUUCCUUCACCAACUGUGGGCGCAGCUAUGACUGGCCCUCAGUCAGGAGGCGCCCCGUCUCCUGCUGCCACUCCGUAUGGCCACAACCUCAACUCAAGCCUGCCUGCAGCUGUCGUGUCAUCACCGCACCCUCAGGGUAUCCGGCACACUCUGGGGGGCAAGAAACCUGCCCUCACUACAAAGAAAAUUGUCAACACCGAAUUUGGAUGCGGCAGCCAAUGUUUGAGUGAUCAA